CAAUAAUUAAUAUAUGGGAAAGGCUCACAAACCUAAAGGAUACAAAUUAGAAAAUACAAUUUCUAAAAAAAGCUUUCUUGAAUUUAGAAAAAUACUUGGAAUGCCUUAAAUUGAAAUGAUGAAUGAAAAUAGAAAUCAAAUGAAAAUCUAAGCAUUUCAUAUAAAUAUUGAUGAUGAUUUUAAAUGGAUUACUUCAUAUGUAACUUUUAAUACUAAGUAACUUAGAAACCAACACCUGAAGUCAAAUUAUAAAAAUAUCUCUUACAAUGUAAGACAAGUGACCAAUCAAUUAUUUCUUCUUUAAAUAAGAUUGAUCGUUUUCUUAAUCAAUAGGGAAGAGUCAAAAGUAUCGCUCAAAGCAAAGAAGAUGAGAAACACAAAAAAUAAAAUAGUUUAAGCACUGAAGUUUAGUAUUCUAAUAAAAUUGCUUGAUUUGAUCAUGUAUAUUAUUUAUAAUUACCUUUAUAACA